CUCCAGUUUAGUUUCGGUUGUGUAUGUGAAACAAGAUGGUUGCUGAGUCAGAUUUAUCUACCAUCAGGAGCUGGUUGUCUAAACAGAACCACAUCCCUCAGACUGUUGAUGACCUCCUACUAUCGAGGUUCCUUCACGUCUGCGAUGGCAGCCUACAACGCACCAAAGCAGUCAUCGAGCUGUUCUUCAAGCUGAGAACAGAAGCUCCAGAGUUCUUUGCCAACAGAGAUCCCACGUCACCCCGCAUCCAGUCUAUUUUCAACCUUAUAGACCUCCUACCUCUGCCAAAACUGACCCCUGAGGGUUACCGAUGUUUCCUCUACCGUCUCUCGGACACCAACCCAGACAACUUCCACUACACAGACUAUGUCAAGACGUUCUUCAUGGUGGGAGACACCCGUCUCAGGACAGAGAAGGAGUUGGUCGCUGGGGAGGUCCCGAUCUUUGACAUGACUGGGUGGUCCCUCCGUCACCUCACCCGCAUACCCCUCCCCUCCCUUAGGAAGUACAUGCAGUACUCCCAGGAAGCACAUCCUGUAAAGCUGAGACAGAUUCACAUAAUUAAUGCAGUUCCUAUUCUGGACAAAGUAUUGUCUUUCAUCAGACCUUUCAUGAAGAGUGAAGUUGCAGCUAUGAUGCACGUCCAUCCAGUUGGGUCAGACAGCUUGUAUAAGUUUGUACCAAAAGAAAUUCUUCCUGAGGAAUAUGGAGGACUCGCUGGACCUGCCAAUGAUAUUAAAGAACGGUGGAAGAAAAUGGUAGAAGCCGAAAGAGAGUGGUUUCUAAAAGACGAAUGGUUGGCCACUGAAAGUAAAAGACUGGGAAAAAGCAAUACAACCUCACAUAUGGAAGGAUCAUUCCGUUCUUUGACAAUUGAUUGAAAUCAAUCAAACUAAAGUAUUGAAUAACUGGUGCAAUGUGUUUUCUUUUUAUAAGGAUUGAUUGACUUGAGCUAGUAUUAUCUAUUUAUUUGUUGUUGAACUGAUUAUUUUGUUUUAUAAUAAAUGUUUGGAAAAAUUAUGUGUUCUAAUACACCCUCUAAAGCUUAUAAUUGUGGACUGUUUUAUAUGUAUGGUUAUAGGAUUAUAAGGAUUGAUAAUAUAUUAACUUGUUGUUUAUACUUUGCAAUA